GCCAUUUGACAAUCAUUAUUAUGGCAGACGAGUGGACAAUUAAUAUAUUAAAGAAGUGGGAAUUUUCAUCUUAUGAAGCAAUAUUUAAAGGUUGAGAAUGCAGUAGAUCUGGAAGAUAGAGCUAUUGAGACAAUAAAUGCCGUUGUUGCUGCCGAUGGUAGUCUUUUGGAAGAAUUAAUCUUUGCAAAUAUACCUGAAGAACAAAAAGUUGAUGAGGAAUUACAAGUUAAUGAGGAAUUCCCUACUGAUCCCCUGUCAAUAGAGAUUGAGGCAUCACAGUCACAGCAAGUAAAACGUUGCAAGAAAAAUUCUUUGAAUGAAAACCGAAAACCUACUUGUGUUUCAAAUGAUGUAAGGCUUUAUCUUGAACGAACAAGUGAUGGCAAGAGCUAUUUUGGUCUGUAUAAAAAUCAAGGCUUCGACAACGCUCUGAGAUCAGAUUUAGCAAAAUACAUAGUAACAGCAGAGUUAGCUAGUGAUCCGAACAAACGAAUUACUUCGGAUGAUUUCAAGCGACUUAGUCAACAAAUCAUAGAACUUUUUCCUACGGAAAUUGUGUACAUUCCGAGAAGAAAGAAGACUACUGGGACUGAUCGAGCAGUACAACCUAAAGGAAAGCUAUACGAUCAGUACACGAAAUUAAUUGGGAAACUUAGAAAAGCAGAGCUUCGGAGUGGCAAUUUACAGGAAGAAGAGCAGGACGUGAAUGACUCUCAUGACUUUAAUG